AUGCAUCGGGGCCCGAUUUGCGCCUGGCUUGUGCGUAAGCUUUCGGUUGCUCAGCGCGGGAAUUCGCUGCACGCAUACGUAGCGUCGGUGAGCUCUUCCACCGAAGAUGCGCCGCCCUUUCGUGGAGGUUGCUGCGCAUCUUCUUCCUCGCUCUCUUCCUCUUCUCGCCCCUCUCUUUCCUCCCUUGCUCUUACAUACCGUCUCUGCUACUCAGUCUUCGUACAAACUCUUCGCAGAAUGGCAUCUCAAUCGCACCUCGGCAGCGCCGACAACGUCAACAUUCCCUACAGCACGCCCAGCACGCCUCAUCCGCAGCAUCAGGUAGGAUGGAUUGGCCUGGGAAACAUGGGCAUCAAGAUGGCAGCCAACUUGGCUAAGCACAUGCGCGAAAUGUCCCCACCCUUGCCGCCGCUUCUCGUGUACAACCGUACCGUAUCGAAGGCGCAGGCUCUAGAAAAGGAGCUGGACGGGCUCGUCAAGGCUGUAGACUCGGUCGAGGCCAUCGGCACACGUUGCGAUCUCAUCUUUACCAGCUUGUCAGACGACGAUGCUGCCGAACAAAUCUACGAAGCUCUCUUGCAAGCUGAAGAGAAACGUGUGGGAAAGCAUGCCCAGGAGCGGAUCUCCUCUGGCUUCUCCACGCUUCUCAUCGACACCAGCACGCUUUACCCCGCUACGACGGGUAAGCUGGAACGCAAAAUCUCGGCGCUCCCCAAACGUCACUUUGUCGCUGCACCUGCCUUCGGUCCUCCACCCAUGGCAGCCACCGCGAAAUUGGUGUUCGCCGUCGCAGGGCCCUACAACUCGAAGAAAUUCGCCUCGCAAUUCCUCGUUCCCGCCAUGGGUAGGAAGAUCAUGGACUUCGGCUCCAACCCCGAACGCGCAGCGAGCUUCAAACUCAUCGGCAACUCCAUCAUCGUUUCCACGAUCGAAAUGCUCAGCGAAACGAUGACGUUGGCGGAAAAGACAGGUGUCGGCAGCGAUCGCGUCUACGAAUGGCUCGAAGAGUUCUACCCAGCACCAUCUGCUCUCGGUUACGGAAAGAAGAUCCUCGACAGCAACUUUCAAGGCGAGAACGGAUUUACGCUUAACGGGGGGAUCAAGGAUGCGAGUCACAUCAUCAAGCUGGGAGAGUCGGUAGACUGUCCUCUACCCAUCAUUGAGUUGGCCAGGCAGCACAUGGUCUCGGCAAGGGCGAUUGGCGGCGCUAACCUGGAUUGGAGCUCGCUGAGCGCUGGCUUCAGGGUGACCGCCGGUGUGGAACCAUUCGAGAAGAAGGAGAUGUUGAAGAAGUGGGCAAAGACCGAGAAGGACGGUGGAUCGUCUUCUUGA